UGUGAUUGUUUGUUUUUUCGAUCCAAGAUCAUAUUCUUCACGCUUUACAGAAAAUGGGAUUGAACAGUGGGAAGAAUUACGUGCAUGACAACGCUGUGGAGAUGAUUCAUUCCACACCCAAGAAACUGCCCAAACCGGUGAAGUUCUACGUUGACAAGUCGGACUAUGGCAAAGUUCCGGAGUAUCUCGUCAAGUUCAAUAAUGCGAGUGUGGAACUGCGCGAGAAAAUGCAAGCUGCUAUCCGGCUGGAGCAACUUGGUGGCCUGCAUCCAAACUCCCGCAAGCUGGACGAGGCGGAGAAGCGCGAGCUGAUCAUACUGCUCAAAGAGAAGUGGCAACAGGUGAACGAGGAGUACCAGAAGUUGCCAUUCUCGCUGGACACUCCGGCCAAGAAGAAACGGAAGGAGAGGUGCCUAUCAUCACCACCUUAUUCCUUCCUAGCCAUGAUCCUAGUUUACUUGACCAUUUACUAUGGAUCUGUUGGAUCAGGUACGAGGAGCAUUUGGGCCAGAUUGAGAAGGAUAUACAGACCUUGUCACGGAGGGUGGUGAUCGUUGUUGACAAGGGGAAAUCCCAAUCCUCGGGAAGCUCUGG